CGCAGGCCAUUAUUGGUCCCUGCAUCCUCGCCAUUCUCACCUAUGUACGGUCCUGACAGAUCCUCUAAAUUGUCACUGCGCGCAAGCGUUCAUUCUGCGGGAGCACGAAGUUGCCGACAUCAAUGCGCUGAAGGCGCACGUCGCAGAGGUGCAAGCGUAAGUGCGACGGGUAAGAGUUCGCUGAUUGAUGAACUCGGCGGUAAGCUUUGGCUGGUGGCGUUGGUGCACCUCUCUUAGCGCAUUCGCUGGUGGGUUGAAACUAAUUUUCUUGCGUU